AAUAAAUGCAAACAACCGCAAAACAUGAAAUGCUGUUUUUCCAGUACUCGUACAUUUUUCCCACUUGCGAUUCCUUUAUUUUAUGCUAUCCAGUAACUUGACAAGCAGCUGCAGAAUUUGAUUUCCCCGUAGCGGUUUACAGUGCCCGUCAUUCGUAUUCGUCUCUGAUCUGAGAAUCUUUAUAGCGCUACUUAACCUACAUUCUGCGUUUGUGUAGGUGGAUCUGAAAAUGUAACUUGGAUAUUUUGCUGUUUCAUCUUUACCAGAUUUUUAUCCUCAGCCUACUGCAUCGCCUUAUUUUUAUCCUUUUACACUUGCCAAUAUCCUUGCCUUUGGCUGGCAGCAGCAGUGCGUAGACGAAACUGGCCAGGGAAAGAUCCGCCAUGAAUACACCACAGCAGCAGUCGCCAUGGCGCAGUCCCGCAGUGGGUGGCAUCGCCACCACCACCACCAUGAUCAAUCAGAUCUGCGCUGAUUGUGGCGCUGCAGACGCCACGUGGGCCUCGGUGAACCGUGGUGUGCUCAUCUGCGAGGAGUGCUGCAGCAUCCACCGUGUACUGGGCCGUCAUGUGUCCCAGGUGAAGCCCCUGCCCUUAGCCCGUGCUCGUCCGCAGCGUCGCAGCACGGCAUCUAGUGCCAGCGGCAGUCCGUCCUCUAGCGCCGCCGCCGGAUGCUGGCAUUGGCCACCCACAUUGCUCACGAUGGUAACCAGCCUGUACAGUAAGGGUGCCAAUGGUUUAUGGGAAUACUGUCUCCUCCAUCCCGGUUCCUCAUCCGGCCACACAAGUUUAACGUCCAGUGGGAGCAGUCCGUUGGCGCUGGCGGCAGCCGCCGCCACAGGGCAUAAGCAGCACAGCCAGACGCAACGCCGCAAACCGUCUCCGAAAGAUCCCAUUCAUCCUAAUAAAUCGGACUUCAUCCGUGCCAAGUAUCAACUGCAGUCAUUUAUUCACCGUCCCACUAGAGACGAUUCGCAAAGCACUUUGGAGGAUGUCAGCCAGCAACUGCACUCAUCCGUCAGAACAGGCAACAUUGAAAUAUCUUUGCGCCUUUUAUGCUUGGGAGCUGAUCCGAACUAUUGGCAUCGGGAAAAGGGUAAUCGGCCUCUGCACGUGGCUGCUAAAGCUGGACAAGCAUCGCAGGUGGAACUGUUAAUUGUAUACGGCGCUGAUCCAGGUGCUCCUGAUAUUGCCGGGAAAACCCCGGCGGACCAUGCGCGCUGUGUUCCUAAUCCGGUCUUGGCAGAUCGCAUCGCGGAAUGCCAGUAUGAGGUGACAGAUCGCUUGGCGUUCUUCUUGUGCAACCGACGACCGGAUCAUGCAGCGGGACAGCACUUCCUCAUACCAGAAAUGGGGGAUCACUCUUCUGAUCUGUCAGAGCUUUCGAAAAGCGCUCGACGAGCAUUGCAUGCGCUCAGUAACAGCCUGUUGGAAACGUUAGCUAUGGAUGUGUACGAUGAAGUGGAUCGGCGCGAAACAGAAGCUGCUUGCCAAGGGGAGGAUGCUCACACGCCCACGCACCGCCGUCCAUCCGGAUUUUUGCCGGUUAAUCCGAAAUUAUCUUCGACGCAUAACCAAAUGCGUCAGAAACUGGGCACGCUAAACUCCCGUGACUUAGCCGGGCUAAUCAUUGAUUUGCUGACCGAAAUACGGCGUCGUCAAGGCGGCGGUGACAGCGCGCGGGCCCUUCCUGCUCCCGUGCCAACACCCCAGCAGGCGACGAUACUUUCCGUUUCCAGAGCGGCUUCGCGCGGGCCUAGCACUGAACGGGAAGUCGAUCGAGAUGACGCAACCCGGGAAAGUCCGGUGUAUGACGUGACGCUGGACGAUCGUGAGGAUGAAGACUAUUUGGAUUUUGCGCCAGCUGCAGGCGCUGUCCGUGGCAAUGCGCAAGCGGUGCGCGCGGGAAAGGAGCCAAUUUAUGCCCAAGUGCGGAAUGUGCGUUUGACACGGGAGACCAGCCAGCAGAGUGUGACGGCGGAACAGUAUAUGGAGAUGAAGAAGGCGUUGGAUGAGACGAUAGCACGGGAAAAAGAUCUGUCAAGAACGGUGGAUGCUAUGCGAAAUGAUCUCGAGCGCUUGAACAACCAAGUUUCCGUUUUGCUGAACGAUCAGUCGAGGAAGAUCCAGGAGUGUGGCAAUAUGCCGGGAGGCGCAGAUUCAUCUGUUGCACGUCCCGUUCCAUUUCCGCGAACGCUUCGGGAUGACUCCGGACUUGCAGAUACAAACGAAGAAUCUAACGGAAACAUUGACGGUUCUCCUGAGAGGAGCAUCCGGCCGGACCAGGAGUCGGUCAGUGGGUACACGUCGCAGAUCACACAAUCCAUCCAUGAGCUGAAACGCGCGGCGGAAAAUGAAGAUCAUAACGUACUGAGUAAAUGUGCGCAGAGAAUCCACACCUUGACCCAUAAUCUCUGCAACCACUGUUUACCCUUUAUGGAUGGAGAACGGCCAGCGGCGUUGUCCGACCUUUUGACCAGCUCCAACCGACUUUUGACAGACUGUCUGGAGUUUGUAAAUGAAACUACAUCUGGUUUUCCGGAUGGAGAUGCGGACAGAUCGCCAGGCGAUAACAGAGCUAGUAAAACUAAAGCGGCGCUGAAACAGAUGCUCAUCGACGAUGCCUAUAAUGUGGCUAUGGGUUUGAAGAAUAUUCUUUUGCUUUACACCAGCUUGGGCAACAAUGCGGAUGCGGUUCACAGCACUCCAUUCCCGAAAUAGGAAUUUUGUAGUCGUGCGAUAUUUAAGAAAAACUAAUGAGAAUAUGACGGUUUUUUCCUCUUUGUUGUCUGCGUAUCUUUUUAGCUUUUUAUCUUUUUGUGGCUUUAAAGAGAAGCAGAUGGUUAAAGAGUUCUGACAAAUGUCGUAGAGGUGAACGCGACGGAUCCGUAGAAAAAAGUUUAAACUGCGGAAAGCGCUAUAAUUCUGCAUAUUUC